AUUAUCUUUCUCUCUCUCUUGUAAUUUCAACGGUCAGCCCUAUUCCAUUUCUCAGGCUUCACUUGAUCAGGAGAUUUUCAAAUAAUCAUCUUCGAUUUCUCAAUAAUCUUCAAAUUUCCUAUUGUACAAUAGCAAUCUCUUUACUCAGAUUCAUCUUACGGAGGAACGAACGACCGUAUCAUGGUGAAGGAGACUGGAUACUACGAUGUAUUAGGAAUCAGUCCUACGGCCACCGAAGCAGAGAUUAAAAAAGCUUAUUAUGUCAAGGCUCGACAAGUCCAUCCAGAUAAAAAUCCUAAUGAUCCUCAAGCGGCCCAAAAUUUUCAGGUUCUAGGUGAAGCUUACCAAGUGCUCAGUGAUCCUUCCCAGAGACAGGCAUAUGAUGCUCAUGGAAAAUCAGGAAUUUCAACGGAGGGAAUCAUUGACCCGUCAGAAAUUUUUGCUAUGCUCUUUGGAAGUGAGCUUUUUGAGGAAUAUAUUGGGCAACUGGCUAUGGCAUCCAUGGCAUCUAUGGAUAUAUUCACAGAUAGUGAGCAGUUUGAUGCAAGAAAGGUGCAGGAGAAAAUGAGAGUUGUGCAAAAAGAAAGAGAGGAGAAGCUUGCUCAAAUACUUAAAGAUCGACUCAACACUUAUGUUCAUGGAAACAAAGAAGAUCUUGUUCAGCAGGCUAAAAUGGAGGUAGAGAAGCUCUCCAGUGCAGCCUAUGGCUUUGAAAUGCUGAACACAAUUGGUUAUAUAUACGUAAGACAGGCUGCUAAAGAACUUGGGAAGAAGGCUAUUUUUUUGGGAGUACCAUUCAUUGCGGAGUGGUUUCGUCAUAAGGGUCAUUUCAUUAAAUCUCAAGUAACUGCAGCAACAGGUGCCAUUCAACUGAUUCAGCUACAAGAGGAUAUGAAAAAGCAGCUUAGCUCAGAAGGUAAUUGCACAGAGGAACAACUUGAACAGUAUUUGCAGGCCCACAAGAAAUCCAUGGUUGAUUCCCUCUGGAAGCUUAAUGUAGCAGAUAUUGAAAACACCGUUUCCCGUGUUUGCUUGAUGGUUCUUCAAGAAAACAAUGUAAAGAAAGAGGAGCUGCGUGCCAGAGCGAAGGGAUUAAAGUCCCUUGGCAAAAUCUUUCAGAAUGCCAAACCGGUGACUGAGAAUGAAAAUGCACCACAAAGCAAUCUUCAUCAUCUCCAUGAAAGUGUUGAGGCGGCAUCUUCUCCUGGUUCAUCACCAAGGUCUGAACGGAUGACUAGUAAUGCUAUUCCGACUCAGAGCCCGUACAUCGAGACUCCUCCAUCUUUAGGGCCCCAAUUCAAUUUUAACUUCCCAAUGCCAACAGCGCCACCAGGUGCUCAAAGACGCAGUUAAUGGGGUCAGAGGUGGUUUCAGGGAACAAGUAUCUUCUUUCCAGCUAAAUAUUAUUAUAGCAUAUGUCUGUUGUACUUCUGUUCAAUUGAUGGUGUGAUUGAAAGAAGAGAUAAAUGUAUCUUGUGUUUGUAUCCCCUCAAUCAGGUACAUUCUCUCUUUCUAUUUUAGUAAUUCAGUGUGCUAUUAUACUGAUUGUAAUGUUAGUAUACAUCAAAGGUUUCAAAAUCUAAGUAGUAGUGGUAGUGUAUUGGUAUAUUUUUCUCCAUUAGCACACACAAUUUGAGGAAUAUCUGUUAUUUCA